GCCUUCUCUGCCCGCAGGACGCGCUCAGCGCCAGCCUGAAGACCUGCUACCAGUAUCUGAACCAGACCAGUCGCAGCUUCGCGGCCGUGAUCCAGGCGCUGGAUGGCGAAAUGCGCCAUGCAGUGUGCAUAUUUUAUUUGGUUCUCCGAGCUCUGGACACUCUGGAAGAUGACAUGACCAUCAGUGUGGAGAAAAAGAUCCCACUGUUACACAACUUUCACUCUUUCCUUUACCAACCAGACUGGCGGUUCUUGGAGAGCAAGGAGAAGGAUCGACAAGUGCUGGAAGACUUCCCAACGAUCUCCCUUGAGUUUAGAAAUCUGGCUGAGAAAUAUCAAACGGUGAUUGCUGACAUUUGCCAAAGAAUGGGAAUUGGGAUGGCAGAAUUUUUGGAUAAACAUGUGACCUCUGAACAGGAGUGGGACAAGUACUGCCACUAUGUUGCUGGGCUGGUGGGAAUUGGCCUGUCCCGUCUCUUCUCGGCCUCUGAGUUUGAAGACCCCUUAGUUGGUGAAGAUGUAGAGUGUGCCAACUCUAUGGGCCUGUUUCUGCAGAAAACAAACAUCAUCCGUGAUUUUCUGGAAGACCAGCGAGAAGGAAGAGAGUUUUGGCCUCAAGAGGUUUGGAGCAAGUAUGUGAAGAAGCUGGGGGAUUUUGCCAAGCCAGAGAACAUCGACUUGGCCGUGCAGUGCCUGAACGAACUGAUAACCAACGCGCUCCACCACAUCCCAGAUGUCAUCACCUACCUUUCAAGGCUCAGGAACCAGAGUGUGUUUAACUUCUGUGCCAUUCCCCAGGUAAUGGCCAUCGCUACUUUGACCGCCUGUUACAAUAAUCAGCAGGUAUUUAAAGGAGUAGUGAAGAUUCGGAAAGGACAGGCAGUGACGCUGAUGAUGGAUGCCACCAAUAUGCCAGCUGUCAAAGCUAUAAUCUACCAGUAUAUGGAAGAGAUCUACCACCGGAUCCCCAGCUCAGACCCGUCUUCCAGCAAGACGCGGGAGAUCAUCUCCACCAUCAGGACGCAGAACCUGCCCGCCUGCCAGCUCAUCUCCCGAAGCCACUACUCGCCCGUCUACCUGUCCUUCGUCAUGCUCCUGGCGGCCCUGAGCUGGCAGUACCUGAGCACGCUCUCCCAGGUGGCGGAAGACUACGUUCAGACCGGGGAGCACUGACGCGGCAAGUCCGGCGGCUCUUUGGGGACGGGUGGCGGCUUCCCUGGGCCGUUUUCCCGUGUUCCCUGAGGAGCUCCGUGUGGCUUGGACUUGGGAAACGGACGUGCAGCCGGGAAUGCACACGUGAAGGGAAAAGACACCGCCCCCUCAGCCACCCAGCACUCGCGGCUGGGGGUCGUCUCUGCUGGUGGCUUUGGCUGAGCCUGUGCCCUGGCCUGGGGAAGUGGCUGCUGCGACACUGUCGGGCCGUCUUGCCUCGUGUGCAUCCUGGCUGGGUGAUCAUUAAAUGUGUUUGGUUCGAAGCGGCCUCGGACUGUUCAUCACAGCAGAAGAGGCAGCGGGUUUUCUUUCUGUUCUGUUCCUGCUUUUUUCUUUGUUUUGUUUAAUUGGACCGAACAGAGUAGACGGGGGUGUUUAUAGCUCUAGGUGACACUUCUUUGCUUCCUGAGAAUGCAGAUGGCGUCCCAGUGGAAGCUGGGAGUAAAUUCUGGGUGUUCUGGCAUAAUUUUCUCAUUUAAAGGGAGUUCAGCUUUCAGAAACAGCAGAGUUCGCUUUGGCCCCAUUCUAGAGGAUUGGCCUCCCAUAAAGGCAGCGUUUUUGAGAUUUUUAUAAUAAAGAAUUUACUCGCUGGGCA